ACUCGUGAAUCUCGAUGUGCAGAUGCAUGGCGUCGCUCACUUCGGUUAAGUGAUGGUUUCUCUCGUUCUUCACGGCCUGCGCUUCGUUGCUGUGAGAUGUCCAAAGCAUUUCAGUCAACUUGCGAUGGGUGAGAGUCUCUCGCAUGAUGAAAUAGCUCAAUGAUGCAGUUCAUAUGUUCGUUGUCUGAACAAGUUUGCCACAACCUUCAUUCAAGGUCAUGGCAACCAAGCGUAUCUUUCGAUUUAUAAUUUCUCUUCUGCGUGUUCCAUAGGAAUGACCGUUUUGCAGUCAUUGAUGUAUGAUCCAUGGCGUCCAUACCCAGCUUUAUCAACGGAUCAAUGAUUAAAGGUGCUCGCCGGCAGCUUUUGCGACACACGUGAGAUCCUCGAGGAUCCAAAUACAUCUCAUUUAUGCUGUCAAACAUGAUGCACCGUCUCACCACGGUGCUCUUGGUGGCGAUCUUAGGAUCCGGAGUUCAGUUUCUGAAUCAUGCGACAAGCGGUUUUAAUGUGGCCACCGAAGAAUUCCCGUUCAAAUGCAAUGCCAAAGGAAACUUGUGGUGCGCAGGAGACGCAAGCACCACCUCUGAAGGCAUAUUACACCUCACGCCCAACGAGAGAAACCAGUCCGACGACUUCUACUAUAACUCUUUCGGCAUGGCCCUGUUUUCUUCGCCAAUCCACAUGCUCAGUGAAACUGGUCUAUGGAUGUCCUUCAGCACUCACUUCACCUUCAAGAUAGAACCUAAGUACCAAGACUUUCCUGGCGAUGGACUGGCCUUCGUGAUGCUGAGAGAAAACAGGACAGGAUCUCCAGGUGCUGCUUUUGGGGCUUAUGGUGGAGAUGGGUGGCAGAGAGUUGAGACCAUGGCCGUGGAGUUUGAUACGUUCCAGAACAUGCCCUUCGGAGACCUGGACCGAAAUCACGUCGGUGUGGACCUCGAGAACAUACGAUCCAAAGUUGCAAGAAAUGCUCACUAUGCGGGGAUCGUUCUUGCUGGGAGUGAAGCCAUAUAUGCCUGGAUCGACUACCAUGCUAAGUACCAAUCAUUGAAUGUAAGAAUCAGCCUCGAUCACAGGAAACCCAAGGACGCGUUCAUCGAGCUCCCCAUUAGCCUUUCAAAUGUCUUCGGUGACGACGGGACCGUGUACGUAGGAUUCUCUGGGUCGAAUGGUCUUUGCACCUGCCACAACUUUUAUUCAAUUUACGAUUGGAAUUUCCAAGUCUAUCCGGACGAUGGUGGCAUAGUUUUGCUGAUAGAGGUCCUUGGAGGCAUUCUUACUCUGGUUGUAGUGAUUGUAGUGUUGGUGUGUGCUCGUAUGAAGAAAAACAGUUACAUUUCACUUUCAAGAAAAGAAUUUGAUCUCAAGAGCAGCUCCGAGCGAGUGUUGGUUGAAAUUUGAGACUGGUAGAGAGUGGUUUCAGCAUGCCUGUCGAGGAGUUUUACUCGUGGAAAUACACUGAAUGUUGUGGACAGCAGUUGGAGGUAUCAGUUGAUGAAGAUUGAGCUAAUUAGAGUUCCAUUCUGGGUAGAACUUUGUGGUUGAUCACUAUCACAGUGGCCUUUCAGUUUAUUGAAUUGCAGGCUUAAGAGUUACCUUACGAGAAGCAUGAAAAGCAAUGAAUUAUGAAGAGAUUCGA